AUGUCCCACCAUAAGAAGAGGGUGUAUCCUCAGGCCCAGGUUCCAUACUCUGCAAGCGAGCCGGUGGUUACAGAACAACAGCAGUUUCAACAACAAAUCGAUCAAACGGCAUACACAAUGGGCAACUUUCAAUUGGAUGACAACACUUAUUCACCCACACAACCAGGCCAGCAAUAUUUAGGCUCAGGAAAAGUGGUUAACCAGUUGUAUCCGGUAGACUUGUUUACAGAAUUGCCUCCUCCGAUUCGUGAUCUGUCGUUACCACCUCCACCGAUCACUAUCUCUCAGAAUAGCAUCGUGACCCCAUCGGAAUCAGCAAAUGCCCAAUAUCAAUACGUCAGAUGUACUUUGAAUGCGGUGCCAAAAACUAGCUCUCUCUUAAAAAAAACCAACCUACCAUUCGGGAUUGUCAUUAGACCCUACUUACAUUUGCAAGAUUCAGACGACCAGUUACCACUGAAUACCGACGGAGUAAUUGUCCGUUGUCGCCGUUGUCGUUCAUAUAUAAAUCCCUUUGUCACUUUCAUUGAACAGGGGAGAAAAUGGCAAUGUAAUAUUUGUCAUUUCAAGAAUGAAGUUCCCUUUGGCUUCGAUCAGAAUCUGCAAGGAGCUCCAAUAAAUAGAUACGAAAGAAACGAAAUCAAAAAUUCCGUCGUAGAUUAUUUGGCACCUGUUGAGUAUUCUAUUAGAGAACCUCCACCAUCGGUUUACGUGUUUAUUUUGGAUGUCUCUCAAAACGCCGUUAGAAACGGUUUAUUGGCCACUUCUGCCAGAACCAUUUUAGAAAACUUGGAGUUUUUACCAAACCAUGAUGGAAGGACCAGAGUAUCCAUCAUAUGUGUCGAUAAUGGUCUUCAUUAUUUUUACGUCCCCUUAGAUGACGAUUAUGAAGAAUCGGACGACGAUGAUGACGACGAUGAUGGCGAUGACCAGGAAGAGGGCGAUGAUGAAGAUGACGAAGGAGGCGACGUCUCUGAAGCAAUUCAAAUGUUCGAUGUCGGCGAUUUAGAAGAACCAUUUUUGCCAAUGCCAAGUGAUGAACUGGUGGUUCCACUGAAGUAUUGUAGAAAGAACUUGGAAAAAUUGUUAAAAAAGAUUCCUGAAAUCUUUCAAGACACACAUAUUAGCCGCUUUGCACUCGGACCUGCUCUAAAAUCCGCUUCAAACUUGAUAAAAUGCACCGGGGGUAAGAUUGAAAUUAUCUCUUCGACCUUACCAGAUACCGGUACAGGAAGAUUGAAAAGAAGAAGUGAGCAAGGUGUAUUAAACACUCCAAAAGAAAGCUCUCAAUUACUAUCAUGCCAAGACUCGUUUUACAAAUCAUUCGUAAUCGAGUGCAGCAAACUGCAAAUAACAGUUGAUACGUUUCUCGCAUCUGAGGAGUACAUGGACGUGGCAACUUUAUCACAUCUCGCCCGUUUUUCUGGUGGUCAAACACACUUUUACCCUGGUUUCAAUGCUACCAGCUUAAACGAUGUUACUAAAUUCACUAGGGAAUUAUCAAAACAUUUAUCCAUGGAUAUAUCUAUGGAGGCUGUCAUGAGAGUUCGUUGUUCUACAGGUUUGAGGGCCACGUCAUUUUUCGGCCAUUUUUUCAACAGAUCUUCAGAUUUAUGUACUUUUUCCACAAUGCCUAGGGACCAGUCUUAUCUUUUCGGAAUAUCGAUCGAGGAUUCCUUGAUGAAAGAGUAUUGCUACUUGCAAGUAUCAAUGUUGUUGACUUUAAACACAGGUGAGCGUAGGAUUCGGGUUAUGACGUUGGCACUGCCAACGACGGAAUCAGCUAGGGAGGUGUUUGCAUCUGCUGACCAACUAGCAAUUACUAACUUUAUCACACAAAAUGCGGUGGCUAAAGCUUUGAAUUCAAGCGUAUUUUCUGCGAGGAAUUUUGUAACAAGAUCACUUCAAGAUACUCUAGGUGCCUACAAGAAGGAAAUAUCACUGUCAAAUAUUACUGCAGUAAGCUCACUAAAUUUCUGUGCAAAUUUGAGAAUGCUACCUCUACUAAUGAAUGCGUUAUGUAAACAUAUAGCCUUUAGACCGGGUGUGGUUCCAAGCGAUUAUCGUGCAAGUGCACUGAAUAAAUUAGAGACCGAUCCACUUCACUCACUAAUAAAGAGCAUCUAUCCAACUGUUUACUCCUUACACGAUAUACCUGAUGAGGUUGGUUUGCCCAACUUCAACGGGAAAACAGUUCUGCCGGAACCGAUCAACGCUACUGCAUCUCUUUUCGAAAGAUAUGGGUUGUAUUUAAUUAACAAUUCCACAGAGUUAUUUUUAUGGGUCGGUGGGAAUGCAGUUCCUGAAUUAUUAGGAGAUGUGUUUAAUACUGACGAUAUCUCCAACAUUCCUGUUGGAAAAUGUGAACUGCCUCUUCUAAUCGAUUCUCCAUUCAAUGAAAGAUUAAGAAAUAUAAUCAGCGAAGUGAGGGAGAACAACGAUACAAUUACCUUCCAAUCGCUGUACAUAGUAAGAGGACCAUCUAUUAACGAACCCGCUAACUUAACCGCUGAGAGAGAGAUGGCUUCUAUAAGGUUAUGGACAUCAAGUACCCUUGUUGAAGACAAAAUUAUGAAUUGUGCCAGUUAUAGAGAAUACCUGCAAAGCAUGAAAACCGCUAUCAACAAAUGA